ACUUCCGCUUAUACACUUUUAUCAUUGUCAUGCUUUGCAUUAUUCGAUAUAGCUGCCCUAGACACACUACCUAUAAUCUUAUGACUGAUUGACCCCAGCUGUGCAAUGAUACCAGAAAAUGACAAUUUCUCGGAAUGGUAUCUAUACAUGUACAUCCGUAAUUGUUAGGAAGUUUAUUUCCUUCUUUAUUUUCAGGUCCAAUCAACAAUGCAAGUGAAAUUAGUACUUACAAGUGGAAGUGAAGUGAAGUUGCAACAGCCUAGGAUAUAGAUCAUGACGAUGCCUGCCCUUGUGCUUGGCUGCUUUCUGAUCUGGGGUCCUUGGAUCAAUGCUAAUGGCUUUAUUUUUUACAAAGAACCAGUAGGAGAAAUAACUCCUAUGAACCCACACGCUACAGUGAACGGUACUUUGGAGUUAAACUGCACAGUUUUUGAGGAUUCUGGAUUGAAUGCCUCUCAUCUGUUCUGGAUUGUGGCAAACGGCUCGAGGGCACCUGCAGAAACAAUGACUGCUAGUGGAGAAAGAACCUUAUUGUUAAGAAAAAACAUAACUAGUAUUAAUGAAGAAGGAACGUACAUAUGCAGGAGAAAUGAUGAGACAGACUAUAUAAAGAGUAUUGUGUCCACAAGUCAUUUUCUCAUUGAAUAUGAGCCGGUGAGGGAUGUAACCAACUUUAACUGUAGUUUGGAUGAAACAAAAGAAGAGUUCUAUUGCAGUUGGGAAUUGGGACUGUACAAUCACAUAGCACAUCUCAAUAUCACCAUCGUCAUGUCUCCAAACAAUGGAAUGAGAGUGAUACAUUGUCCACAGAAAGUGAAGGGGCAGGAAAAUUGUAUUUGGACGGCUAAAGAUGAUGCAGUCAUUAAUUCCAUGUCAAAAAGUGUUGUCCUCUAUAUAAACAACAUGGAGUUUAAUGUGGAAAAGUCUUUCAGGAAGGAUUUUACACAUCAGAGAAGAUAUGCGGAGAGACCUACCUCUUGUAGAGCCGGAUGGAUCCACGCUGGAGACUCCUGUUACCUUAUUAGGUCAAUGACGCAAUCGUGGGCAGGUGCACGGUCGGUGUGCGAUUUUUUGGGAGCCAAACUUCUGGUCAUCGAAUCCUCAGCAGAAAACGAACUCAUAAAAAAGGAACUCGCAGCGCUUCGCAUCAACCAUUCUGUAACUGGCAACGGUUCCCCGCUGAAAUAUUGGACAGCGGGGACAGAUUUCCAGAGCCCCGGAACAUUUCUGUGGGGUAAGGAUGGGAACCUGAGCUUCACUAACUGGGCCGGGGGACAACCCCUGACUCACCACUGUCUGGCUCUAGACCCUCAUAACCAUUACGCUUGGGUGGCAGAGGACUGUGAGAAAAGCGCCAACUUUGUCUGCGAAAAACAGCUAGCUGUGUCCCAGGAUUCGAUAGUCGGAUGACGCUGUCAGCAAGUGAUAGUGUAGUGAAUCACGAAAAUUUAUGUAACAAGAUUCAGCAAUAAAACCUACAGAACUCAC